AUGGCCACAACACUGAAAAGCACACCAGAGAUAUCAAAAGAGGAUCUUGGAAAGCUCGGGCACUUGUCAAGCCUACUCCAUCUCUUCAACCAUCGGAAUAAGAAUCAGCAUCGCCGCAGCGUCUGGUGGCGACACUUCUCACUUUUCCGCCGGCAUCUGGAACAAACCGUUUCGGACUAUCAAACUCUCGACGAAACUCCUACGACCCAUCUGGAGCGAACACGCAAGCGUACUAAAGACGAAAUCACGCGGACCCGGAUCUCACAACGACUCAACCUUUGGCAAGAGGUUCUGGUCCCGAAGUGGCAUCAUGCUUUCUCGCAGCUGGUUGCGGACAGCAGAUUCGCAGUGUUAGGAGUGGUGCUUCUGGCAGCCCUGUCGCAAACCUGCCAGAUCUUGGGGAUCACUGAAGCAUUCGAGGAUCUGGGCCAAGCGGAGGCUGAGAAGGCUAUCGAGAAGUUUGGGCAGGAGUACUGGGUAGAUGGUUUUCAGGCUGCUGGGAGAGGGUCGGAUGGGGAAGAUCUGGGUGUAGUGGUGGCACGAGAAGAGGAAGUGAACGAGGCUGCAUCUCCUGGUGAAGUGUCUGAGAAGACACCUCCGGCUGUCAAGCCAAACCGCGGCGUUGGCAGCGAGAGUUCGUUGAAGCGGACAGGAGCUGCGGAGAAGCUACCGGGUGGUGUGAAGAAGAAAACGCGAGGACGUUGA